GGAAGGGAGGGAAGAGAGGAGGCGGGAGGAGGCGCCGGAUGAGCCGGGGCAAGAGCAGCUGCAGGCCGGCCGGCCAAGUCUUGCGGGAAGAAGGAGCCGCCUCCAAGGCAGGCACCAGCUGGAGGAAGCUCUCGACGAGGGGAGCGCUGCCUCGGCCACCAUGUCCUCCUCCUCCUCCUCCUCCUCCUUCUCUUUGGCCGACUGCGAGGUGAUCGGCUUCGACCUGGACCACACGCUGUGCCGCUACCACUUGGCCCACAGCGCCCCGCUUAUAUAUGAAAGCUUUGCUCAGUAUAUGGUGAAAGAAAAAGGUUAUGACAAAGAACUGCUGAAUGUAACCCCAGAAAGCUGGGAUUUUUGCUGUAAAGGCCUAGUGCUAGAUAUGGAAGAUGGGAACUUCCUUAAACUUUCUGAAGAUGGAUCCGUUUUGAGGGCAAGUCAUGGAACAAAGCAUAUGACCCCUGAAGAGAUUUUGGAGACAUAUGGAAGGAAAGAGUGGAAACACUUCAAGACUAUGAGUGGAAUGGUUUCUCGUUCAGCUAAAUAUUAUUCCUAUGACAAUUAUUUUGAUCUGCCAGGAGCACUUCUUUGUGCACGAAUUGUAGAUGGUUUAAACAAACGCAGUCCUAGGCGAAAGUAUGAGUUUUGGAAGGAUAUUAUUGCUGCCAUACAGCAUAAUUAUAAAACUUCUGCAUUUAAAGACAAUUGUGGGACAUACUUUCCAGAGGUGAAAAGCAAUCCAGAAAAAUAUAUCCAGUGUUGUCCUGAUUCUGUGAAAAAGUGGCUAAGAAGACUGAAAGACAAUGGGAAGAUUCUUCUUUUAAUCACUAGCUCCCACAGUGACUACUGUAGACUUUUAUGUGAGCACACCUUAGGGAAUGAUUUUGCAGACCUUUUUGACAUCAUUAUUUCAAAUGCCCUGAAGCCAGGUUUCUUCUCUCAGACACCAAAUCAGAGACCUUUCCGAACUCUUGAGAAUGACGAGGAGCAAGAAGCACUCCCAGCCUUAGACAAACCUGGAUGGUACUCCCAAGGUAACUCAACCCAUUUGUAUGAACUACUGAAGAAGAUGACGGGCAAACUAGAACCAAAGGUUGUUUACUUUGGUGACAGCAUGCACUCAGAUAUUUUUGCAGCUCGUCACUAUAAUAACUGGGAGACAGUACUCAUCUUAGAGGAGCUUAGUGGGGACCAUGUUAUGUUUCCUACAGAGACAGAAUCUGAGCCUUUAGAGAAGAAAGGAAAAUAUGAGAGACAUCACCCAAAAGCUCUUAAUUAUGCAUCUAAACAGUGGGGCUCUUUCUUUGUGGAUGGCAUUUCAGGAAAGGGAGGUGCAGAAGAAAUCCUAGUAAAUACUUGGCCGUGCAAAUGCGUUGGUGCUUAUAGCACCAUCACAAUCCCAAGUAUUGAAGCAAUAGCAGAUUUACCACUGGAUUAUAGAUUCACCAGAUUUUCUUCCAGUGGCUCAGUGACUGCUGGCUAUUAUCCCAAACCACCAAAGUCAUUAUUAUCAAGUGGUGAGCCAAUGGCUACCAAAUAAAUCACACGUAAGGAAAAGAAAAUCCAGAUGUCUGUAUAUUGCUUAAAUGAAUACGCCAGAUGCUAAGUGAGAAACUUGCUAAUGAAAUGCUACCUAGAUCCUUGGUGGUAAUAUAAGACUACUUAGUAAUUGUUGACAGCAUUUUCUCACUUUGCUUAUUGAGAGUUUGUUGAAAUGUUCUCUGUUUGACACCUUUGCCUAGUUCAUAUGUGAUAUGGCCUCUAAGCACCUUUCUGUAGCGGCAGAGCAUGCACAAACCCUCACCAUUACCAGCAGCACCACGUACUUCUCAUAAAUAUGCAAUGCAAAAGAGCUUUCUGCGUACACAGAUUUUGCAUGAUGAUGAAGUUUGCAUGAUUUCUCCCAACCAAAAGGGAGAGAAUGUGAGUGUAUAAGACAGUUGCAUGUAGAAUUUCAGGAUGUAUGUGGAGAGGAGAUUUCUUUUCUCAUAAUGGGGUGUGGGUGGGAGAGAGAGAAUGAGAACCUAGUAAUAAUUGGCCCACCAUUUCACAGCACUGUGAAAUGGUGAGCCAAUUAUUCAGCACUGUGAUGCAAAGGCCUACUAAUUUAAAUCAGAAUUCUGUUAUAUAUUUACAUCCUAGAUUUCUUGCAAAUUAGAUUGGGGAGUGGGGGCAGAAAUGUUUUUCAGACUGCGAAUGUACUAAUUUUGAAACAUCUUUACAUAACUAAUUCUAGCAAAUACAGGCCAGACAUAAUAUAAGUUAUGUCUGGAGAACAAAUGAGUGAACAAGGUGUUACUCUGCUGGCUCCUGUUCUGCUAUCAUACCUUUGCCUAAUGUGUAACUCACUCAUCCACCAACACCUACCUGCAUCACCUCUUGGUAAUUUUUUUCUCCAAAUUUUAGCAAAAAGAACACAGUAAGUUGUAGUUCAAGAACACAAUUGUUUUUUUCAUCACAAUAUGAUCAGUAUUUUUAGUAAAGGGAACUCCCACAAUUCUUUAGUGUGGCUGGUAAUUAAAUUCACAAGAAAGGAUAGUAGAUUAUUUAGAAAUCCUGGUUUUUUAAAAAUUAUUUCAUUAGUCUAUCUUCAUGAUGGUAUUGGGCUUCAUUCAGAUGUAUGGCAGUAAAAGGCUAUGCCUGUUUAUUCAAAAGUCCUGUUAAAGUCCAUAUAUGUAGCUUGCUCUCAAGUUAACAAAAAUAGCAUUGCAGCCUAAGGCUGUAUCUUAUAAGCACAUUUUUAGGAGUAAGGCCAUGAGUUGAGCAAAGCUCACAUCUGAGUAAUUAUGCAUAGGAUUGGUCUGAAAGGGAGCCAAUGUGUAUGUCUGUGCACUGUUUUCUCAGCUAAUGAAAGAUAUGCCAGAUUGCUCACAAUCUGUUUUGCAUGUGAAGUGCUUCUCCUGUGGAAAGGCUCAUCUGUUGUUGCAAUAUUGCAGUCCAACGAUUUGGUAGUAUAAACUUCAACAUCACAACAUCUAAAGCCUUCUGUCUGCUUUGGCAGUGCUCUUUUGUGUGAAAUUCAAAAUAAAGGUUAUUUAUUCCUGACAA